AUGAAAGGGGAGACCCCUGUGAACAGCACAAUGAGCAUAGGGCAAGCCCGCAAGAUGGUGGAACAGCUGAAGAUUGAAGCCAGUUUGUGCCGGAUCAAGGUAUCGAAGGCAGCGGCAGACUUGAUGACAUACUGCGAUGCCCACGCCUGUGAGGACCCCCUCAUCACCCCUGUGCCCACUUCGGAGAACCCCUUCCGGGAGAAGAAGUUUUUCUGUGCCCUCCUCUGA